UCCCCGGGGCGGGUGCCCCCCGGGGUGCUGCCCCAGCAGCGGGGCGCGCGGGGCUCCCCACCCCACCUCCGGUGACCUUGGGCGCGCGCGGCUGCUGGCGCUGCCACGGCCCGGGGGCCUGCGGACCCGGCCCCCCUCGGGUGGUGUCGUGACCGACGGUGCGCCCUCGGCGUUGCGGAGGGUGCUGGUGAGGAACGUCAGUGCUUGUGAUUUCAUGGAGUUUUGUUGAACUUGCAAAGGAAACAUUUGGAUAGUGGAUUAAUGAGAAAACUGAAAUUCUUUGGAAAGUUUCAAAUUGGAGCAUAUUGAAUUUUCACCCUAGUCCGGCAGCUCUGCUGCUCACUUAAAUGCAGAUGAAUGAAGACCCCAUUCGGAAAGACUCCUGGCCAGCGGUCCAGAGCGGAUGCAGGUGAAGCAUGUACGUCUUAACAAGUUGAAGAGUAGGCAGUGAAUGAAUUGGUUAUCAAAGCUACAUGUGAGAUGAUACCUUUGGUGUUACACCUAGCAAGUCAUUGCUGUAGCCUAGGUCAUCUAGAUUGUCCCUGUGUUACCUACCAGGCCAUGCUGGAGUGUCUGCAAACAUGAUGAAGAAGCGGACGUCCCACAAAAAACACCGGAGCAGCGUGGGGCCGAGCAAGCCUGUUUCCCAGCCCCGUCGGAACAUCGUAGGAUGCAGGAUUCAGCAUGGGUGGAAAGAGGGCAAUGGCCCUGUCACCCAGUGGAAGGGAACUGUCCUGGACCAGGUGCCUGUGAAUCCUUCUUUGUAUCUUAUAAAAUACGAUGGAUUUGACUGUGUUUAUGGACUAGAACUUAAUAAAGAUGAGAGAGUCUCUGCACUCGAAGUCCUCCCCGAUAGAGUUGCCACCUCUCGAAUCAGUGACGCACACUUAGCAGACACGAUGAUUGGCAAAGCAGUGGAGCACAUGUUUGAGACGGAGGACGGCUCUAAGGAUGAGUGGCGGGGGAUGGUCCUGGCGCGGGCACCGGUCAUGAACACUUGGUUUUACAUCACCUAUGAGAAAGACCCCGUCUUGUACAUGUACCAGCUCCUGGACGAUUACAAAGAAGGCGACCUUCGCAUCAUGCCCGAUUCCAAUGAUUCCCCUCCAGCAGAAAGGGAACCAGGAGAAGUUGUGGACAGCCUGGUAGGCAAACAAGUGGAAUAUGCCAAAGAAGAUGGCUCCAAAAGGACUGGCAUGGUCAUUCACCAAGUAGAGGCCAAACCAUCUGUCUAUUUCAUCAAGUUUGAUGAUGAUUUCCAUAUUUAUGUCUACGAUUUGGUGAAAACAUCCUAGAUGUCAUCAUGAACUCUGCCAAAUUUGUGGAACUAUUAAAUGUAUAAUUUGUAGACAUAAAGACUUGAUUGCUUUCCAAUUUAAUGAAAGCUUAAAUGUCCCUGCGAACCCACAAUCUCUGCCAGCAGAACUGGUUUUGUUCUGAAUAGUACAGAUUGAUGUGAAGACAAAGCUUUUUGUGUAAGGAAAACUCCUCCCUCUUAGAAGAAAUCCGUGUGGAGGGGAGUUACAGGCAAGUUUGGUAAAAGUUAAGCUAGCAUCGUAGUCAUUUAAACCCGUACUUGAUCUCAGCCAUUUCCUCUUUAAUGCUCUUUUUCUGCUGCCACAAUGCAAGUAUAGUUUGGUAUUUUUGUUAUUGCCUUUUUUGAGAUAUAUGUAUCUAUAUCUACUUGUCUAUAUCUUACAUCUGUGUGCAUACGUAUAUGAUAUAUAUACACACACAGAGAUACGAGUGUACACACACACCAUUGGCAGUCCUUUCUCUGUGGAUUGGGAUGGGGGUGAUACAAUUUUCUCCAGUUUAACAGGAGUGCUUAACCCAAGUCAGUCAUAUUUAUGAUAUUACUGUUCUUUAUUUAAAAUUAAAUUUGGGCACAGGAAGCACAUGAGAAGAUGCAGCAUAUUUUGAAGGAAGUUCAGAGCGCCCUUUCAGUCUGGAGACUUGAAGCGGUUACAUCCAAAUAGGAGCUCUGUGUGAACAGUUGGUGACCCACCUUAGAAUUCACAAACUGGUGAGAAAGCUGGGUAAAAGGCUGCCUUUAGUUGUAAACCUUAUACAUUUUUGUUUACAUUUUAAUCAUAAGUACUUUUCAUUGGGAAAGCCCAGGUCCUUGGUCCACAUAGUAGAAUUAUAAAGCAGGUGUGUUUCGGACAGCACAUGUGGUAUGUUAUUUGUACUAAUAAGAAAUUUGGAAUUUAGAUCAUGGAUUGGAAAGGCAACAUCCAUCAGUGGCUUGUGUGUAUGUGUUAAGUUCAUUGGAGAACACAGUACUUUUAUAUUGGAAAUUUAAGUUUUUAAAAUGGCUUUGCCUUGUAACGAGUUCUGGGACUUUUUAAUUUUUGUCACGAUUAUUGCUGAUAUCAUUAUGGUCAGAGGCCUCUCUCCCCACCCCCAGUUUUCCUCACAAAGAAUGAUGGACAAAUAACAGCUUACUCUCAACACCUUUUGUGGUGGUGUAGUUCUUGCUCCGGGUGUACUGUUACUGUGGAGUGACUUCCUCUGGUGACCCCUGAGGGUUUGCUGGGCAGAUUUGUGCCACCUUAGAAGGUCCAGUCACCAUGUUUGCUGUGGAUGUGAAAGCAGCCCUUACCAGCAGUCCUUGCGUGGUUUGUUCUUGCAAGAUCAUUUUAAACUGAAACAGAACUGCAAAUGUGAUUGAUUAACCAGUUGAACUGCUGGUCACUUUGUUCUAGAGGAAUCCUGGUGGCUUUCCAACCAGGAGAAAGGCCGAAUGUGGAACCAGUCUCAUUGGACGGUGGAGAAUCUUUCUGCACUUUGGGCAGACCCUAAGCGUGCAUGCAGAGGUUUGAGUCGGUGUCUGCACGGCCUCUGUUGUGGCUGUUCCUGAUCUGAAGAGAUGGUGUGCUUUCAAGGCCUUGCUGUGCAUGGUUUCCUAGAUGCCUGUUAGCCUUCCUGAGGGCUCCUGCCUUUGUUGUUGGAUGGAAAUCCUUGCUCCCCCUCCUGUCUGUCAGCAGCUGAGCUGCCCUGCCCAAAGGCUUGCCCGCAGGCGAGCAGGGCCAAGCUUCUCACUGUGUUGUGGUCCCCCAGUCCUAGCUGCUGCUCCGGUGUGAACAGUACUGUUCUCAACUCUGCUGUGUGUUUUCCUGUGUGUCAGUCAAGUCUCCAAGGUGACCUGGCUCCUGGAGCCCGCGUUGACAUGCGUGACACAGGAGUCGUCCAUGUGAAGUAGGCACAGCAGAACAUGUCAUGGCAACUGUGGGCUGGAAAAUAAAUUUCAGUUUGAACUACACGAGGGUUGGGUCAAUUGAAACAUUUCUAGCAUUACUUGAUGACUUGCAUUGUGGUUUUCCUGCAAGUAACCUUAGUGACUUUAAUAUAUCCAUGAUUUCCCAGUUUCCAGAGGAAUGCAGAGGACGGUGAUGACAUCGAUGACUAUGAUGUCGGUCAUUGUUCGGUUUAUUGCCUUUAAGUCUGAGGAAAGGGGAAAGGAUUUUAUUAUUUCUCCUUCCUGCGCGCCCCCCCCUUUUUUUCUUUCUUUCUUUCUUUUUUUUUUUUUUUUUUGGUGGCCACACCACUCUUAAUGACGCUGUGACUAAUUCUGCCCCCUCACCUGUGUAACUUGGGCUUCAUUUUAGGCUCAUGUUUCAGAUCUGCAUGCAUUGCUUGCAUUUUUCUGGUAUCUGAAUGUUAAUUCCUUGUUCUAGGAAUUCAACAUUAAGCUCCAAAAUUACCAUGGGACUUGUGACAACACAAGACAUGAAUCUAUGUAUAAAAUUUAUUGGCCUUUCUCAUUUUACCUGCUCUAGUAUUAUUGUAUUUGUGUGUGUGUGUGUGCGUGCGCGUGUGUGUGUGCGUGCGUGUAUGUGUGUGUGUGGUGUCAGGCUGCCACGUAAAACUCCGAGACAAACCUUGAACGCAGACCAUCCUUUUUUGCAUGCUCUAUUCUAAGUAGGAUGUUCAGUGUAACUAACUAAAAAUUGCAUGGUAAAGAUAUUUAGGUUUUUUUUGUUUUCUUUCUUUUUUAUUUUCUUUGAGUUUCCUGUAUAUUUGCUUACUGUGCUGUUGUAGUGGUCGUAGGAUACAAAUGCACUGGUGAAGCCAAUGUAGUGCCGACAGAAGGUGAUUUUCCAAUUGUGUAUGUCAUGCAGCAUUUGAAGGGACUGUGCAUUCUUUAAAAACCACAGUUACUUCUCACCCAGAUUUCCUUUCUUGUUUCAUGUGCCAAACCCGGAAGUGCAUUGGGACCGAAUCUCUGAACACUGUAGACCCGUAAGAAGACUGUUCUGAUUGUGACCAAUUGUAGUGCCUGAAAUCAUGCUUCAGCUGAUUGUCUUAAAAAAGUUCUCCAAAGACAAAACAGGAGCAAUUGUAACACAGUAAUUAUGGUCGAAAUGUCUGUGGUUCCUUGGCAAUGCUGCGCUCUUUGUACCUUCCCAUCGUUAGUGCAGUGGGAACGAGUGUGCAUAGGUCAGAGGUCUUCGUGUUCACAUGUUAAAAUUAGGUAAAUGACCUCAUCUUUUGAGCUUGAAUUCAUUUCUUAAUUUUGGUUUUAUUUUAUACAAUGUGUAGACAGCCCCUGUUCUGCAUUUAGAAGUAUACACAAUAUACAUCUGUUAAUUCUGUAAGUAAUUUUUAUAAUUAUGAUGUAACUCUAUCCUAUCCUUAAAACAUUUAAAAAUAAACCCUUUAUGUGCAACUUCUGACUGUAAAUUUUGUACUCAUGAGCAAAACGUGAUGUGUUAACCUGCUUCUGAAUAAAGUUCCUAAGCCAGGUAA